GUCAGCUGAUUAUUUGAUUAUUGUGAAUGGUUAAGGUCCGGAAAAAUAACCACUUGUAAAUAAACAAAAAGUUGACUAAACAAAAAGUUUAUGGAGCAGUUUAUGAGCGAAGCAUUCAUAGAAGCUAAAAGUGUGCUGGAGGCUGGAGAGGUACCUGUGGGCUGUAUUUUCCUUUAUCACGGCGACGGAAAGAGCGAUGUGAUAGCGCGCGCUGGAAACAAUGUAAACGCAACCAAAAAUGCUACACGCCAUGCGGAGUUCCUUUGUAUAGACAAAACUUUGGAGUUCUGCAAACGAAACAGUUUGUCUUUUGAUGAAGUUUUUGCCAAAAUCAGUGUUGUGGUCACUGUCGAGCCAUGUAUAAUGUGUUCAGCCGCCUUGCAUGAUUUGGGAGUAAAAGAGAUUUUAUAUGGUUGCGCAAAUGAUCGUUUUGGCGGCAAAACCCUAGUUGAUGUGCCGUUUGUAACGAACAGAACAGACGGACAAACUCAAGUAAAUGGUGGUGUUUGUGCUGACGAAGCAAUGACACUGUUGAAAGAUUUUUACAAAGGUGAUAAUCCCUCUGCGCCAAUAACUAAAACGAAGAGAUGAUAAAAUAAAUGUUAUAUAGAAUUUUUAUCAACGAAUGUUCAUAUGCACGAAAA